CUUUUUUUAUUUUCCUUUAAAUAAAAUGAUUGCAAAUAUACUCACAAAGUCUGCUCCUAUUCUGUCACAUUUGAACAAGAGAUCCUUUUUCACGUCAUACAAUAAUAUUAUUAACUCUUGGUCUGAAUCACCCCAUGCACAGUCAUUGAUUCCGAUGGUUAUCGAACAAACAGGGCGGGGUGAACGAUCUUACGAUAUUUUUUCUCGAUUACUAAAAGAAAGAAUCAUUUGUUUAAAUGGACAAAUUACUGAUAAUGUUGCCGCCGUAAUUGUUGCUCAACUUUUGUUUUUAGAAGCAGAAAGUACAGAAAAACCUAUUAAUUUAUAUAUCAACUCACCAGGAGGCAGUGUAACUGCUGGCAUGGCUAUAUAUGAUACGAUGCAAUAUAUUCAGUCACCAGUUUCUACCUUAUGUAAUGGACAAGCUUGUUCUAUGGGAUCACUUUUACUAGCAGCGGGUGAACCAGGUAAACGAUACGCCCUACCAAACGCUUCUAUUAUGAUUCAUCAACCUUCUGGUGGAGCAAAUGGACAAGCAUCUGAUAUAGCCAUUCAUGCACGUGAAAUACUUCGUGUAAGAGAACGAUUAAAUAAGAUAUACAAGAAGCAUACCGGAAUUCGUGAUAUAGAAACUAUUGAAAAAAUGGUUGAGAGAGAUUACUUUAUGACAGCAGAAGAAGCCAUGAAUUUUGGUUUGAUUGAUAAAGUACUCGAGAAACGCGUAAUAGAUACCAAGAAAGUAGAUGAUCCCAAUAAAAAGGAAUAAAAAGCGUUGUAUGAUAAAAUUAUCUAAAUAUGUGCUUGAAUCUAAUAUGAAUAAAUUUAUUGUAUAUAUGCAUGAUAUUAUAACAUGCCAUCAGAAUGAAUUAUAUAUGUAUUGUAGAGCUACUUUUCCCUCAUUAAAAAAGUAGAUGAUAUGAAGCCAUUUUAUAUAUUGUACCACAUUGUUAUAUGAUAC